AAUCUCGCGUGCAGAACAGCUACACACAGGCCGCGGCACGACACAGGAAGUGAUGGGGGCCGCCGACCGUUUCCAUCACGUUGCCCCUUUUGAGAAAAAGCGCUCACUUCCCUGUUCUUUGGGCUGCGAGAGCAAAGCGCUCAGAUGAAACGCAGUGCCGCUCCGUAGACCUGUCGGUGGAACGCCUGACAAGAUGUUGGUUUGAUUUCUGCGGAUUAUUUCCAUAUAAUGUUCAAAAUUACGGGACUGCUUUGGUCAGACAGCCCGGCCGGAAACAGACAGCGAUGUCAUGCGAUCCAACGAUUAACAAAAACAACGCUCUCUCUGCUGUAAGUUUCAGUAUGAAGCUGGAUGUGAACAGCUCCAACAUGUCCGUGGAGCCCGGCGCCGUCAGGCCAGAGCAGGGCCCGGUGGAGUACCGGAUGGCAGGCCUGAUCUUCUACUGCUUCGUCUUCGUCAUAGGAGUCGUCGUCAAUUUCACCGCCCUGUGGGUAUUCGCGCUCACCACCAAGAAGAAGAACUCCGUCACCGUCUACAUGAUCAACGUGGCGGUGGUGGAUCUCACCUUCAUCCUGCUGCUCCCCUUCAGGAUGGUUUACCACCAGCAGGACCACUGGCCCUUUGGGGACCUGUUCUGCCGGCUCAUGGCCGCGCUCACCAUCUUCUACCCCUGCAUAGCCCUUUGGCUGUUUGCGCUGAUCAGCGCUGACCGCUACAUGGCCAUUGUCCAGCCCAAGCACGGCAAGGAGCUGAGGAAUGUCCCCAAGGCCGUGGUGGCGAGUCUGGGCGUGUGGCUCAUGACUCUGGGCAGCACCGUGUCCCUGCUCUUCACCGAGCACGACCCCGAUCGCACCUCCAACUUCACCACCUGCAUCAAGAUGCAAGACAUCGUCUACCUGCGCCACGACAACGCCGUCAACAUCGUGCGGCUCCUCUUCUUUUUCCUGGUUCCCAUAUGCAUCAUGAUCGGCUGCUACGCGGUCAUAGUGGACAACCUGAUCCACGGGCGCACCUCCAAACUCAAGCCCAAAGUGAAGCAGAAGUCGAUCCGGAUCAUCAUCACCCUCAUUGUCCAAGUGUUGGUGUGCUUCGUGCCCUUCCACGUGUUUCUGGUCCUCCGCUUGAUGGGGCAGGGCAGGGACGGGGGGUUCAGCACGGGGGCGGUCUUCACCACGUUCCUGAUGAACAUGAGCACAGUGUUGGACAUCGUCCUGUACUACAUUGUCUCCAAGCAGUUCCAGGACAGGGUGAUCAGCGUGAUUCUGUACAGGAACUAUCUGCGGAGCGUGAGGCGGAAGAGCAGGCACACGCGCACGGGCAGCUUUCGCUCGAUGAGCAACCUGACCAGCGCAAUGACAUGAGACGGCAACCGUCAAACCCCCGUGUAUGUACAGUAUGUGCUCUGCAGCGCUUUGGCACCAAUGUAACGCUGAAAAUGUAACUCCGGAUAUAGUUCAUUAUCCGGAGGAUCCAAAACUUGCAAUUAAUUUCCGAGGUGUAAUUUGCACUGGCAGCAUGGGCGUGCUGCUGUUGUGGCAAAAACAUCUGUGUUCAGAGCUGAUUGACUCACCCAGGAGACUUGAGAUGUUUUGUUUUGUCUCCGUUUCUUUGCUCUGGCGGACACGGCGCCGGUGUCUGUUGGGCUCAGGUGUAACAAAUGCAGGCGGAAAAUAAAGCUGGUAAUCAUUUGAGAAAUA